UUUGGGCCGACAGUGGUAGGACACAGAACAGGGCCCCUACACCCCAGCUUGUGCACUGCCGAGAGGGCCUGGCCCAGGCUGGGCAUGGGGCCCUGAGGACCUCCUCACCUCCAGCUGUGGUCUGCUCAGCCUCCUCUCUGGAAGAACUGGGCUCCCAGGGCUGCCUGAGUCCCUGGGCGGCCUGGCUGUGGGGAGACGCCUGUGGCCUCCUUCCUGCAGCCUUGCUUCCUGAUGCAAGGCUGGGUAGGUGCAGUCCACCCUGGAGCCCACUCGUGCCUCUACCUCCCCAGCCCACACUAGCUCCAGUGAGGAGUGCCUGCUUGCUGUGCCCCCGGGUUAUGACGACCCCCAAUAAAGGAAACAAGGCCUUGAAGGUGAAGCGGGAGCCGGGCGAGAAUGGCACCAGCCUGACCGAUGAGGAGCUGGUGACCAUGUCGGUGCGGGAGCUGAACCAGCACCUGCGGGGCCUGUCCAAGGAAGAGAUCAUCCAGCUGAAGCAGCGUCGGCGCACGCUCAAGAACCGCGGCUACGCCGCCAGCUGCCGCGUGAAGCGCGUGACGCAGAAGGAGGAGCUGGAGAAGCAGAAGGCGGAGCUGCAGCAGGAGGUGGAGAAGCUGGCGUCGGAAAACGCCAGCAUGAAGCUGGAGUUGGACGCGCUGCGCUCCAAGUAUGAGGCCCUGCAGAACUUCGCCAGGACCGUGGCCCGCAGCCCCGUGGCGCCAGCUCGGGGCCCCCUUGCUGCCGGCCUGGGGCCCCUCGUCCCCGGCAAGGUGGCCGCCACCAGCGUCAUCACAAUAGUAAAGUCCAAGACGGACGCCCGGUCGUAGGGACAUGCGCUUGCCCAGGCGGGUCUUCGAGGGGCCACUAGGCGCAUGGCGAAUUUGGCAGCCCUGUCCCCCCUUUCUCCUCUCCUUCCCUCUUCCUCUCCUACCUCCUCCCUUCCCUGCAAAGCACAACCUGCACCCCAGGGGCACCGGGCUGAGCCCCUUGAUCUCGUCGUUGUCAUCAUGUGUUUUGUAUGUUGGGAUUGGUCAGUUCGGUGGUGACGUGGGGCCGCCCCAGCCCUUUGUACUAAGGCCAUGUGGGCUUGGAGUCCAGAGUGGUCCUGUGCGAAUGGGCAGAAAGAUCGAGCAAACACUAGGGGCUCAAGGGUCCCUGAGCAGGGAGCGUGCUAGGCUGAGUGUCCCAUAGGCUCUGGCGGCCGCCUGCACUGGCAGGGGCCUGGGUAGUUCACAGCUCAGCCAGAGGUAUAGAUGGGCUCUGCUCCGAGGAGGGUGUCCUUGGGGACCCUGGACAGGCAGGCCACCAGCCUAGGUGCUUGGGGGAUGGGGCGUCGUGCGGCUAUGGGCCCGGGCCUCGGCACUCUCGCCUGACGCAUUGCACUGAACAAGACCAAACCACUGGUUGUGAGCGUACGUGAAGGGUGUGUCCAGUGUCCUGCGAUGGGUCCCGUGUCACUGUUUACAUGACCUAUUUGUGUGGUUACAUAGCCCUUUAUUUAAAAGAGAGAAGUUCCUUUUACGAAGUUAUUAAAUUAUAUGUUUAAAAGCUAAAGAAAAAAAAAGAGCUGCAGAGUAUUUAUAAAACUGUCUUUUUAAAAAAAAAAAACAAAAAACAAGCAAGAACAUUUGACCAUAUAAAUGGAAAAGGGAAGAAAGUAUAAUAGAAACUGCUAGUUUAAAAAAAGAAAAAAAAAUCCCUUUCUUGUAAACUUACAGACAAGUCUUUGUGGCUGUUGGAGUUUAGUUUUUAUAUACACAGAGUUAUCAGAUGUUAUUUAUAAAACUUAGUUUAAAAAAAAGACAAAAAAAAAAAGCCAAGCCGCGAGCGACCAGAAGGCACGUCCUGACGUCCUCUUUGCUCUCUCUUUUGCAAUUGUACCGAAAGUGACUUACUCCUUUGCCCUUCCUGCUUCCGUCUCCUGUCUCCUGCCGGUGCAGUGGUGUCGUCUGUGCCUGGUGAGGUGUUGUGCAGCGUCACGUGCUGGUGCUUCUGGUGACCUUUGACCUGUGGGUGUCACUUCUUGUGUCUAUUUUCCUGUGUUUGUUUUGGAUUUGGUUGUGUUUUGCUUCUGCUGGCUUGCCAGGCUCAGGCUGGGGUGCCAGGCGGUACGUGCUGCAGCAGAGCUGGGGGGGUUGGUGCCCACCAGCCUGGCCUCUUCUGCCUCAGCGUCUGCCCCAGACCUCCAGGAGGUCAGAUUCCGGGCUCUGCCACUCCUACCCCCACUCCCCUCUGACCCUUGGCUUCGCAUGCGUGUCUCAGGCUUGGGCUGAUCCAUUGGCAGGGUAGGUGAAACUGGGGGCCAUCCCGGGGGCUCCCCAUGCUGCUACCAUGCCCACCGCCUCUGGCCCUGGGUGGGGGAUUUGCAGGGACCAAGGAGUCACUGUGGGUGCCCACGGGGCCACGGCCAAGCUGCCCCUGCCGUCUUCCUUCUGGUGUCCAGUCACCGUGCUUGGGCUCUGGCCACUGACCCCAGCUUUGUUCUUCUAGGCUUCACAUGGGCCUCAGCAGGGGAACCCCAGGGGCCCACAUAGGGGUUGCAAGACCUGCUGCCCAGUUGUCCCAGGACUGUUUCCAUGCUGCGGGUGGUGCUUCCCAGGCAAAACCAGGUGGUUUCGGGGCCCACCUGGGGCGGUCCUUUCUGCCUGCCUGAGGGCCUGGGGGUCUCCACCAGUGCCAGACAAGGGCUAGUGUCCAGGGCCGGUCCUGCCCCUCCUCGCCCCUGAAUGUGCUGGCAGCUCUCGGCUUUGGGCCUUCUUCCGCCUCCCUUUGGGUCUGUGUCUUCCAGGGAUCCACUGCCCAGCUUAUGGAGGUGCUUCUCUUGGACUGAGCCCACACUCACCCCCAUCCCGGCCACUCGGCAGAGGCAGCCAGUCUCCCAGACUCGGGUGGGAAGCUCAUAGGCACGUGACGGGCUGCCUGUGGCGUCUCCCCAGGAGGCUAGUGCCCCGUCUCCAGCCACAUGGGCCUCAUUUGGCCUCUCCUUGGGUUGGCUUCUCUGGGGGCCCUGACCCCCUGAAAAGCACAGAAGUGCAUCAGUGCUGCCUGGUAGGGUUUAAAUUAACCUUGUGGGCAGCAGGAUUUUCAUCCCAGAAUUUGACCCAGUGUGCCCAUGGGAUGGGAGUAGGAUGUGCUGUCAACUUCUGCCAUCUCGAUGGGCUUCUGUGGACCCUAAAUGCUCAGAGACGUUCCUAGUUGUACUGGAGUCAGCCUGCAAUGGAGAUGUUGACUGUUGACUCCAGAUCACAGAGUGGCUUCCUCCCCUUCCAGUCUGUCUGUUUCGCAGGCUCCAGACGAGAGUUGUCAAUGGUUGUAGCAGCAGUGAGUUGGAAUUGCAUCAUAACAGCCCCUAAAGGGAGGUCACGUUCUGCCCUGGUGGUGGGAGGAACAGACCCUCCAUGUCCAUCUACGGUCCCCACUUUUGUCCUGGCCGGGAGGUCGUUGUCCACUUCGGCACACCCCUGCCAGGCUGUAGACCUGGAGGGUUUGAGGGCAGGCAUGUGUUAACACAUAUUGCAAGGCCUUGGUUUCUGGAAGUUUCUGGAGUUAGUGAGGCCGUGGUUUCUUUCAGGGUUUUUGGAUUUGGAACAACUGCUCCUUGGGUCUGGGGGAGCAUCCAGUUCCCAUCAAGCCAGGCCUGCAGGGCCACUCCACCCCUUUCCCUCCCCUUGGUUUCUUGACAGUAGACUGUGUCCACAUGUGACUGGUUGGUGUCUUUCUGAUUCUUGUUAAUUUGGUUUUCCUACUGUGAGGGUGUUGUGUCCCCUCUCUCCCCUCCACUUUUCUGACACAGCAAAUCGAGGGCUUCGGCCAAAGCCAGGUCUCCCAAACUUGUCCGCUCAGUAAACCACAACGUGCACCUUUGCUCCCACCGUGCCCUCGCCCAACUCCUCCCUGUCCCAACAUGGACAUUUAGAUUUCAGAGAAGCCUGUGGGAAGAGGUCAGCUCCUUCCCAGAGUACGGCCCCAGGGAAAACUCCCCACAGCCCUUGGCUGCUGCUCCGGUGGCACUACCCUUUGUACAGGUGAGAACAUGCGGCUGCUGUAUGGCAGCUGGCAAGUGUGCUGGUUUCUGACGGGCUUUCCUCCUGUUGGUCCAGGCUUCCGGUCUGUGUGCACAACCCGGACCGUCAGCAACAGCCUCAGUGGUCAGUGCCCGGCCCACAGCUCUGAUCUAUAGCCUGCUUUGGGACGGGUGGUCAGGCCCCAUCCGGUCCCCGCUGCCUCCAUCUCUGGAGUGGCCACUUGGCCAAAGCUCCUGUCCACAGCUGGAAAGCCGGAGCCACAGGCUGCAGUGCUGUUUCCGCUCUGGGAUCUUGUAAGUUACUUUUUUAGGCUGUGGUUUGGUGAAAGGAACCAACACAUUAACGAUUUUUUUCCCCAGAAGCCACUGAAUAAUUCUUUUUGGCGCGUUUUUGCCUUCCUGUUGGCUGUCUGGUUUUGGAGCAGAUGGGGACAGAGAGCGGAGGACACACAGAGGCAGGGGUGUGCCCUCGAGACUGAUGGCCUGUCCUGGGCGUGUGCUGUACCUGUUGGGCCAGUCGCAUACAUUUCCACCCCAGCCUUGGUAUGUGGGUGUCCCCAGUGAACUAUGAGGAGCGACCCUUCCAGCAACCUCGUGUCCCAGCACCUCCCUUCUUCCCAUCCCCUCAAUCUGCUAGUCCCGGAAGCCUUUAACCAAACGGGAGUGGGUACAGAAAGCCUUCUCCUGGCAUCUUAGGGCAACAGGACAAGGGCUGCCAGUGUGUCCAGCUCUGCUGCUCUCCUGGCGCUGAGAGGGUGGGUCCAGGCAGAGUUGAUCAGACCCUGCCUGUCCUGCCUAGGGCUGAAGUCAGGGGGAGGUGGGGGUAUCCUGGGAUCUGCCCGGGCGGCGGGGAUCGUCGAAGCUCCAGGUGGGGAGGGGCCUCGUGAGGGCGGCCCGCUUAGGCGCCCACCCUGCCCUGUGCAGUAUUUAUUGCUAAAUUAUUGUCCAGGAGGGGCGGCACUGGGCCGGGCCCCGGGUAUUUAUUGCUGUACAUAGUGUAUGUUUGUGAUAUAU